AUGAACAAGCUGCUCUUGUCACUCGCUCUCUUGUCGGCGGCAUGCCUUGCACCCCGUGCUGAUGCCUUUGUCAGUCCACAAGUUGUUGUCGGCAAGAACACGGCACUCUUCUCGUCCUCUCCCGAAGAACAACCAGAAGAAAAACCCGAGGGGCUAAUUCUGGAUGCUUCCGCAGUACAAGAACAAAUGGGAAAGUUAAGGAGCAAAUAUCCCACCUCGGAAGCAGACUACUUGGCAGCUGCCCGCAAACGAGCUGAAAUGAAAGUGGAAAGUCAAAACAGCGCUUCCACGGCUGAAGACUGGAAAAAGGUUGCCAUGGAAAAAGAAAAGCAACCAGGUGGAAGGAGCGAUGAUUGGGAAGCAUCAAAAGCAGAAGCCGGAAAUGAAGAUUCGCAAAUCUUGAUCCCCGUGGACUUGAGUGGUGAAGGUGGGGAGGAAGAAGAGCCCAAGUUGUUGUUGUAA